GAGAUUUUCAUACGAAAAUUGCGGGACCGUAUUUAAAAUAAUGGAGUUGAAAAAUGAUACAAAGUACAGGCGGUGUUUUAUGUAUAUAUUUGUGCACAUAUUUCGAGUGAUUCACAGAAGCCAGGUUUAAUGUGACAGUCUCGAAAGUUUUGAUAACGAAUAGAUAUCAGAUUUACAGAGACAAGGCGUCAUUGUUUCGUCAAACAGCACGGGCUUACGUACCGCGUGUACUUUGAAGAAACAAACACAUGUCGACGGAUCGUCUUUAUGUUGAUUUUGCACGAAUCAUCCUCUCCCUGCGGUUAGAGAGACGGAGGAAAAGGGAAAGGUAGGAACGUGGGAAAGGUAGAAAAGGAAAGAAACGCGAGUAUAUCGGUUUGAAUAGAUAUAGAUUACAUCUCAAAGUAAAGAAUCGCUAAUAUAUAUGUGUGUGAAUGCGGAUCGUUUUCAUAUCGAUCAGUAACAGAGCUAGAAUCAAACGUAAAGCCAUGAAAAAAUAUAUAGAGAGCAGAAAGUGGUAUUACGGCCUCCUCAUUUACAUUUUGUACGGUAACUUUGUUAAUAAUCAAUGUUUUAAAUCGAGAGCUCAACGAUUAUAUUUUUCGAAACAUUCUUCUGUCGAUUCCCAAAGUUACAAAAUACUUAUUACUUAGAACGUUAUUUAUAAAAAUAGUUGCAACACUACAUUAUGGGUCAAAGAGGAACAGAGGUAGUAAUGUGGCCCUGCACUAAGAUAGAUUAGAAAAAUUUAUUUUGUUCAAAAGAACACGUGUGCUUUGUUAUAAAUUUAUUCAAAAUAAACUCUUGGAAGGAACAACAACGGAUACAAUGAUAAGAAGAAUGAGGAAGUAUGUGUGCGAUUGAGUGCUAAAAUGUAGCUUUAAAAACGUUUCGAAACGCUCGAGAAUAAAAGUGGACGCUCUAACAAGUGUUGGCUAUUGUGUAUCGGCGUGUUAACGUCAUUAUGUAACGGCGUGUUAACGUUAUUAUGUAUCGGCGUGUUAACGUCAUUAUGUAACGGCGUGCUAUUAAACAAAUAAUUCCACAAGUAAUAUACUCAACAAGUCACCCGAUAGAAAAGAUAUUAAAUGUGACCACAAUACCGCCUUCUCUAUUAACUCGCCGAUCAAUAUAAGCAUCAGUAUAAACGCGACAAUGACGUGCAAUAAUAAAUAAUAAGCAUGACAACAACGUGAUAAAUAACAACGCACGCCUCGACGACGUGGGCCGCCCUACUGUUCCCGUUCACCGCGCGACUCUCUCAGCUCUCCCUGGUAAUUGCGCGUCGCACGCAAUAGUCUCACGUCGGUGGUCUCCGUUGCAAAUGUAAUAACCAAAUUUCAUUGUUUCGAUGUAAAGCCGACUUUCGUGCCAGACGUGCUCUGAAGAAGCAAACAAAGAACGCGGAUAAUCCGGCCGCCAGUGUGUAGAUUUUCCGCGCAUCACGCCGCUGAUUCGGCGCGACGUCGGCGCGGCGCUCGGAUCUCUCGCGAAGCGUUCGGCCGCGCUCGGGAACGCUCGGGAGCGGUCGGGUGCGCUCGGCAGCGCGCGGCGUGCCGGCCUCGACGCGCGAACGCCGCCUCUAGUCUGCGAGCAGCCGCGUGUCGAUACGGUCGGGAAGUUUCACGUUGUACCGUCAUUACUCGGCGAUUACUCUCUACCGCCAUUCCAUCGUCAUAGCAUGUGCCCACCAGUUCACAGCCACGUCUACUGCUUGCCGCAUCACCAGCCACACAAUAAACUCGUCUCUUACGGCUACCGCUAGUCGGCCAUAUUUCGCGGCUCUCGCUUUCGCAUGUGACAUAUUCGUGCUUCCGUUGAAAAUCGCAGUCGGUCGGUCCUCUCGCAGCAGUGAUUCGUGUAUUCUCGUAGCAGUGCAUAUAGUAUGAUAUUCUCUUGGAUAUUCCAGUGAGUCUCACGAGCGCCUAUACCGGGUGGCUGAGCCGUUCACGCGUGAAGUGUAAGGUGGCAGAUUUUUUUUCCACUCUCGCUAUCCCCGACUGCCGUGUUCGGCGAUAGAAGAGAGAUAGAAAGAGGAAAGGAGAGAAAGUCGAGAGCGGUUCGCACGAGCGACGUCGCAGACAGAGAGAGAGAGAAGGAGAAACAGCAAGCCGGUGCAAAACAGAUUUCCGGUGCGUGGAUCAACUAAUAAUCAGAUUUUCAAGGGGACUCCAUCUCCGAGGCAAAAUGAGCUGCUGCACCAGCGCGCCCAUCGUCACGCAGACCUGCGAGACUCUCCUGAGCAAGUGCGAGAUCCCGAUCAUCGACCUCGCUCAUAUGGGCACGGAGAGAUGCCCUCAGAAGGGAGUCGUGAAGCAGGUGGCCUCGAAACUGCUAAGGGCGCUGUCCGAGAAAGGAUUGGCCUUGCUCGUCAACCACGGCAUUCCGGAGUGCAAGAUGAAGGCAGCUUACAGGGUUUUAGACGCGUUCUGUGAGUUGCCGGACGAAACGCGAGAGAAAUAUAAGCACGUUUUGCCGGAUAAUCACGGCUACAUCAAGCCAGGCACGGAGAAAUUUUCAGAUGAGAUGGAAUUUCGACACACGUUCAACGUCACCGAAUGCGAAAGGAACCUGCCGGAGGAUGAAGUGCCCGGAUUUCGGUCGGCAAUGGACGAGUUGUCACGCGAUUUUAAGCAGUUGGCCACCAUGCUCCUUGCGGCUCUGUCCGUGGGCUUGGAGCAAUCCUACGACUUCCUGUUGUCGAAGCAUGCGCACAUACUCGGCCCUGGCAACGAGUCCACCCUGCGUCUCCUCUAUUAUCCACCACUGGGUGCACCGGUACAAGGACUGACCCGAUGCGGCGCCCACUGCGACUAUGGCACUUUCACUUUGUUGGCGCAAGACUGCGAGGGUGGUCUCGAGAUCCAGACUCUGCACGGGGAACGAUGGGCCCGGGUGGGCCAUCUUCCGGGCGCCAUCUUGGUAAACACGGGCGAGCUGCUGGCGCACUGGACCAACGAGCAGCUGCCGGCGCUGAGACAUCGCGUGGUGAUACCGGAACACUGCGGCCGCGGACGCCACUCUAUCGCCUUCUUCGUGCAUCCAGAUGACGAUGUCGUUGUCGAGCCGCUGGACACGAAGAUCACCGAGGCCGGCGACUGCCAGGAAACGACGACGACCCCGUGCCGCCUGCAGAAGAAAAAGCGCGGCGUCCUCUCGGCGUACCAGCAUCUCCAGCGGCGAUUUCGCGAGACUUACGCGUCCUAAUGUCGUCCGUGUGAUCCCGCAUACCCUAAACUAAUUUUACAAUCGUUCGUUGAAGGAACGUAGCCGAAAUUCUCGAAGAAUUUGGGGGAAUAAAUGAUCUUACAGGCGAUGAAAUUGAGACCACCGCGCGCAGAUUAGGUUUUAACGUUUGACUUUAUCGUGUCGUUUUACGCGUAUCAUGUAAAGAAGCAAAGUGAAGGCGGGAAGAUGAAGGAAAAGAAAAAAAAAAAGAAAAGAAUGUUGAAAGAAUUCCGUGCAGAAUUCCAUUCCAUUUGAUUGUAAGCAUGCAACGAGGAAAAAAAAGGAAAGGGGGAAAGGGCAAGAUCGCUACCGAUGGCUCCGACGGAUUGUAAUGGUUAACUACGCUCUAUAGCUUUGUCUGUCUUAAUUUCACAAUUUCCGUUGACGGAUAUGAUCCCUCCGCGAAACGAAACUGACCAAUGUAAAAGGAAGAUUAUAUCUCUCUCGAGCAAUAAUAAAUGAAUUUGUACUUAA